ACAACUCAUUGAUAUUUAAAAAUAUUGAGAUUCUUUACGUCCACCACACCCCAUCAUAUAUAUUGAGCAGUUACUAACUAAAGCAAAGCAAAUUGCUACACAAAAUUGUACAUUCAACUGCAAGACAUCUUUCCUGUUUAAACAUGGCUGCCUCUCCUGUGAACCAAAACUCCCUUCACCAUUUUCGCUCUAACAGCUUGCCCACUAGAGCACACCCGCUCAUUUCAGAAUUCAGUGACCACUUGAGCAGAUUGAGAUGUUCUGAAGCAACAUCUUCAUCGUCUACAUCAUUAAGCCAGAAACUAAUUGGCAUUCAAGAUUUGCAUGACUGUGUUGAUAACUUGCUCCUGUUGCCUUGCACACAAGCCUUAGCUCAAGUGCAGCGUGAGAAAUGGUAUAAUGAACUGUUAGAUGGAUCUCUCAGGCUCUUGGAUGUGUGCAGUAUUGCAAGGGAUGCAUUGUCGCAAUCAAAGGAAUGCACACGUCAAUUUCAAUCAACACUGUGCAGAAGACAUGGCAGUAAAAUGAACCUAGCAAGGGAGGUUGAAAAAUACUUGGCCUCCAGGAAGGCGGUGAAGAAGGCAAUGCAGAAGGCCUUAAAGGGUAUGCAGACUAACUUGAACUCUAAGAAAAAUGAAGGUCUAGCCAUGAUUAGCAUGUUAAAAGAGCUAGAAGCUGUAACUCUCAUGGUCUUUGAAUUACUCUUGACAUUUAUAUCUGGACCAAAGUUGCAAUCAAAAUCAAGCAGCUGGUUUGUAGUUUCCAAGCUGGUGCACCCCAAAAGAAUAGCAUGUGAAGGUGAAGAAACAGAAGUGAAUGAAUUUGAGAAGGUAGAUGUGGUGUUACAAUCUCUCAUUAGUCGCAAGACAAGCAAAUCUGAUUACUCCAUCCAUGUUCAGAAUGUGCAGAAUUGGAUGGAGCAGUUGGAAUCAAGCAUUCAAGAUUUUGAAGAGGUGCUUGAAAGUCUGUCUAGGCGUCUAGUCAAGAUCAGAGUUUCCUUUCUCAACAUCCUCAACCACUAACCCAGAAAUCAUC